AAAAGUCUGAAUGCAAAUCAUAGGAAAAAUCCCUGUAGAGUUGAACAAAACCUUGGAUGAGAAUUAUGCAAUGAUCAAGGAACUAUGUAAAAUUGAAAUGUGCAACUAAAUGAUAGAUAGUUUAUUGGAUCAAGUAAUUUGAAAUUAAUAUCAUUAGAAACAAGAACCUCAUAUACGAUUACAAUUUCUAUACAAUAUUCGAUAAUGGGAUUAGAAUUUAUGCUUGUCUGAUUUAUGCAUCAACUAAUUGGAGAUUAACAUAACCAACAAUAUCAAAUAUGUAUUCAAAUUACAUUAUGAUAGAGUACGGGUAAUCACUAGAACAAAUACUGAAAUAAACAAAUUUGAUGAAUAUGAAAUAGAUAUAGCAUUCUUGUGAAUUUAUGAGACCUAUUCCAAUGAUAGUUACUCAUUAGAGUUUGGAAUAUUUUACGUUGGAUUCCACUCAUAUGACCAUUUGGGAUUACAAUGUAACUCCUUAAAUGAGGUUUCGAUAUUUACUGUCUUAAGCUUAGUGUACGAAACUCUAAUAAGGUGAUCAUCAACAGAUUUUGAAUCUAUUCAAACCAGAAUAUAAGAUUGAUGGGAAUCAAUUUAAACUUUUGGUUGAAUAGAAUCCAUAAUUAGUUAGUGAUCUUAUUAAGAAAUUGCAUCAAUUGGGCAUUAAUGCUCAUGAGUAUGAUUGAAAAUGAUUACUUAGAUAUUUGGACUAGUUAAUUUAGAUAAAGAUCAGUAUUCAGGCCUUAGAAUUAGUAAAUUAAUUAUCAAAGAGCAUAAGUCUGCCAGAUCAAUUUCUUAACGUGUUCAUAACCAAAUGUAUAGCGAAUUGUGAAGAAUUCAAGAAUGUAAGUAUAGCAGGAUUGAUUAUUUAGAAUCAACCUUAAUAAUUGGCUCGAUAAGUGAGAUUGGUGUCAGUGUUCAUCAGAACUUUGAUAAAGUAGAAGGCAUUUGAUCCAAAGAAAAUAUAUGUCUAAUUACAAGGGUUUUGCUUAGAGUUUUCAUCAAUUCUGGAGGCGACUCAAUUAUUUAAAACUAUAAAAAAUUCAGUUCAAGAAUAAUAAUGAGAUAUAUAUAUAAAUAU